CCCUGUGGUACAGAAAUGGAAGUGUUUUGGCCAUCAGGUGGCAUUUUGCUAGUGGACCCAGAACUCAACAAAAAUCCAGUGGAAGGCUUUUCAGCAGGUUUAAUAGAUGACAAUGAUCUUUACCGGUGGGAAGUCCUUAUCAUUGGUCCCCCUGACACACUUUAUGAAGGUGGUGUUUUUAAGGCUCAUCUCACUUUCCCAAAAGAUUAUCCCCUCCGGCCUCCUAAAAUGAAAUUCAUUACAGAAAUCUGGCACCCAAAUGUUGAUAAAAAUGGUGAUGUAUGCAUUUCCAUUCUUCAUGAGCCUGGGGAAGAUAAAUAUGGUUAUGAAAAGCCAGAGGAACGCUGGCUCCCUAUUCACACUGUGGAAACCAUCAUGAUUAGUGUCAUUUCAAUGCUGGCGGACCCUAACGGAGACUCACCUGCUAACGUUGAUGCUGCGAAAGAAUGGAGGGAAGACAGAAAUGGAGAAUUCAAAAGGAAAGUUGCCCGCUGUGUAAGAAAAAGCCAAGAGACUGCUUUUGAGUGACAUUUGUUCAACAGCUGUAACUUCAUUAUUUCAGGGUCUCCAAUUGAGAAACAUGGCACUGUUUUUCCUGCACUCUACCCACCUAUUGCUGGACUUCUGUUGUAACAAGUUGGCGGACACUGGCUGGAGCUGGGCUGCAAUAGAACAUGCCAGUAUCAGAGCUGACAAGAGCCUAACAAGUGCCAACUUACAGAGGAUUACGCAUUUUGAAUUCUAAUGAACUGUUUUAACCUUCAGGAAGAAUUGUAAAGACCUGUACAUAGCACAACAUGAUCCGGAUAAUAUAUAUACUAUUCAUGUACAUCCACAAAUACACCUUGUACCAAAUAAUGCUUUCUUGUAGUAGAAUAAGAAUCGUGUAAAUUCUAAAAGAUUUUAGCAGGUUUUCUUUCCCUAUUCAUUGUUUCUUAUCAGUUUUAAAAGACUCCUUAAAGCAUGUCAGAUGAAAAACAAUUAGGAUUAAAAGUUUCCAUUUAAUUUCCUUUAAACCAUUGAGGCUUCAUUAAACUCUUUUCACUUACUAAACUUUUGUAUCUUCUUUGUUUUGACACACUCCCCUUUGCUUUUCUCUCUUCUCUCUGCCAGAAAGUUUUCACAUCAUUUAGUUCCAGUACGGAAAUACUUAAUAAGCAACUACUUGAUUUUUAACGAUGACUUCGGAGGAGUGGUCAUCACUAGGUGCUUGUCGUUUGGUACUCCAGUUGCACCAUCUCUUGGCUCGGGUGGAGCAAUACCACAUUUUGGCUGUUGAGAGCUCUUGAACUCCGUCACCCCUGAGAACUCAAAAGAGUUGGUUCGGAAUUCAGCUUACUGACACUUGCCCCAGACAGUACAAAAUUCUGGUUUGGUUUGUCUUUUGCCUUCCCGUUCGUUCCUGGGCGUUCAGGUUGGAUGGAUUAGUGUGCCCAGCUGCAGGCUUUCUGCUUAACUUGUGGGUUUGCUCUUACAGACGUUGUUGACCUCCCACCCCUUUCUCCGUGGCCCUCCGAAUUUCUUUGCCUCUGUUCUUCUAUAUUGCAGAUUUUUCUCACUUACUGUACAAAGAAAUUGCGAUGUAUAUUUUCAUGUAAUUUGAUUUUGGAAUUCUGUCACCUUAUGUAGUGAGUUCUUCCAAAAUAUAAUUUUUUUCCAAUAAUUGUCAAGUUGUUGGCUCUUAUUGUAUUGAAUGAAGGUUAUAAUACUGAAUGCCAGAGAAGUGCAGUUUAGAAAAAUCUCAGGUUGAUUCCUUAUGCAAACAGACUUAAUACUUGAAAAUCCCAUGGCCAUGGCAGUGUAGUAUUGGGCUCUAUCUAGGUUCUUACGUGGAUCUCAAAGCAUUAUAGGGGUGUGAAUGCUCUGCUAUUUGACAUAUAGAUUCUGUCACUGACACAGUGCACUUGGAUUUUAUUCGUGUUUGAGCAUAAGUAUAUUUCAUAUCAUGCUUUCUAAAACAGCUUCAGGAAAUGAUGAAGUGAACGUGUGCAGUGUUAAUGGCAGGCCCAAGUUCCCCUGUGUUGGGUGUGAGGUUGGGAUUGGGAAGUGUAGUAGUUGGCCUGUAAGGGACACGAUUCCGUGGGAAUCGGCGUGUCUCUGCUCUGUGGGGCUUGGAGAGAUGCUUUGGCAGAGAGUGAAAGGGUCCCCACAAGUAACCCAUCCUUGUGGACGCUGCAUGUCCUUCUUUAAGCAAAAGUAAAAUGGUUGAGGAUGUAGACACAGUAGAGAGUGAUUUUCCUAAAUCCUUGUCUGUUCUUUACUCUGAAGCAUUAUAAAAACCCACAAAUGUGUAAUGACUGAAUGUGAAAAUUGUUUGAUUUGAUUCAUUGCAUCUGGUUUUCUUCGAGAACUUCAUUUGUGGCUUUUCUUUAUUCAAAGACUAAACCUCGUUGCCCCAAAGUGCUGGUACUGCACACCUGCCUGGGAUUUGAACGCAGUCCCUUUUACUCUUAAAUCAGAAACUGUUCACAUGGUUGCUGGUGGCAGAACGGAGACUGGAUUUUGCUCUCUUCUUGCUGUGAUUCUGCUAGUGAUCUGUUGAGUUAAAACCUGGGAUUUGACUCUUCAGGGAGCAGCAAAUGACCUACUAACUCAGGGACAACUCUUACUGAACUCUAAGUGCCACUUUCAUGCAGGUACUUUGGUGUAACCAUGUGUGUUUUGGGGCUAGAUCUAGGGGAGUCGAAGGGAGAGCCAGGAACCAGUGCCCCUCCCUUCAUGCUCCUUUCCACCUGGCGCCCUGGCGUGCUCCAUGUGGACACACAAGCCUUGGGAGGUGGUGUGACCUGUCUCCUCUGCCAGGGGCGUCACCUGUGCCUUUGCCCGUGUUCAUCUGACAGUGUGAACUGCACGCCUCCACGUUUGACACUAAACCACUCUCAGGUGACACUGAUCCAGGUGGCUUUUGUCCCACCAGCGCCUCAUCACUAGUGUGAGGUGAGUCCUCUCUGCUUUAGGAAAAGGAUUUUUCUCCCUAACUCUGUGCCAACUAUCAACAACAUCUAUACAGUCUUAGGGGUUUUAGAAUUGUUGGCUGUAAGUUCUUGUAAAGGCUCAUAGAUUUCAGUCUGUGCUCAUAAUGGGAUGGAUGAUCUCAGUGGCUUUCUGGCCUCUUUCUGUGAGUUUAAAAUCCACGUGAGAUUGGUUUCCUUGUCAUUACAAGGCGGUCUCUUUGUGAGGCGAUUCCACUGGUUCUCUGAUCACUUGGGUGUCCUGGUAUCUUUAAUGGCCUUCAUUCUCGGUUGUGAAAUUUUAUUCUAUAUGCUCACUUACCCUCUACAAAUCUGCACAUUUUGGGUUGUGGUGCCUGUGUAUCUAUUUUUGCCUGUCUGGUCUCCAGUUGGUGGAAUUACCUUCUUUGUACCUGCCACUUCUCAGCAUCUUUGAAAUUUGACAUAAUGUUGCUUCAUUCCAGCUUUUUUUAGUUCUGUAACUUGUUGAUUGUAUUUAACUAUGAGUUCUGUUGUGAUGUUUGCUGUAUUGUAAAGCACCUCCAUCAUGUGGUGGGUGCUCUGUAAAUCAAUAAAUGAUGACUUAGAGGCUGUA